GCCAUCAUAUGCUAAGACCUAAGAAACAUAUGCGACACCAUGAACGACUCUCUCUUUAUUUUGUGUGUGAUCAUAGUUCAAUUGGCAGAUUGUUUCUCUGUACAGGAAUGUGAGCCGAACUAUGGUAGAUGUAUAGACACUAACCUUGACACUUGUGAUGAGGGACAAAUUGAUGAAAGAUACACGUGCAGUGGCUAUUGGGGAAUAAAGUGUUGUAAAUCAAGUGUCACAAGAACAACACCAGAACGUGCCACAACUGCAUCUGCAACAUUUUCUACUGGCUCAACAGGAACGACCACAACAGGUUCAGUCACAGUGAGGCCACAGUCAGGGUGUGGCUUAAUGCCAGAAAACCGAAUAGUUGGAGGCCGAGAGUCUUUUGCCAAUAGAUGGCCUUGGAUGGUGUCCAUUCAGCAGUUUGGAUGGUUCGGGUCUGUGCACCAUUGUGGAGCAGCUCUCAUAUCUGACCAAUGGAUUAUCACAGCUGCCCAUUGUUUAGAGAGAGCCUACGGUCCCAAAAAUUUCAAGAUUAGGCUUGGUGAACACAACCAGAAUGCUCAAAGUGGAACGGAAAUGUAUCUGGACCUGGAGAAGUAUAUCCUGCACGAAGAUUUUAGUAGCAAGAAGAGUGGAUUUCCCAAUGAUAUCGCACUGAUGAAACUUAGCCAUCCUGUACAGUUCAACCGAUAUAUUCAGCCCGUAUGCUUGCCCAACGGUGACGACACCUUUCUUGACAACAAAGAGUGUUGGAUUACUGGAUGGGGACUCACAAAAGGCACUGGCGACGAUAAUGUUUUAAAUGAGCUUCGAGUGGAUAUAUCAUCGAAUGAGGCAUGCGGCAGAAAAUGGGCUGGAGAAGGAUCAGUCAAUGAUGGACACGUCUGUAUUGGGGAUGGAAUCAAUGGAUCAUGUCAGGGAGACAGUGGUGGACCAUUAUCCUGCAAGGUGGGCAACAGAUGGGUCUUAGCUGGUGUGACGUCAUGGGGGGACUCGGAGUGUAAUGCAGCAGGGUUUCCAGAUGUCUACUCAAGGAUAUCUUACUUCCUUCCUUGGAUCCAACGUACAAUCUUGAACAAUUGAGGCUAUCCAGAGGAGGAACUUGCUUGGGACAACCAUCCUCAUGAAAUAAUUUCCUUGACUUCUUUGUUUGUUUGUUUUAAGAAGGCAAUAUAAAUUAAAUAGUGAGUGCCAAACUAAUACUUAGAAUAAAUAGUCUUUAAUACGUUCUU